UGAAGAUCAGUCACUUGCACACAAUCCACCGAGUGUCAACGGCGCCUCAAGAUGAGAGAAACCAACACAUUUAAAUUGGCAAUUUGUGCAUCUUUGCUUUUCAUGCUGAUCUGUGGUCCAGCAAGCAUCACUGCGGAGGAAACAAAUCCCCCAACUCUAUGGUCGCAAAUCGUGGCCCGAGUGAAGAGCUAUCCGUGGCAUUCUGAUAAACCGGAGAGGGAGACACCUGAAGAAAUGCACAACAGAAGCAUCAUGUGGCAAAGGCUUACAAUGUCCACAGUAUUGUAAAACAAUUUUCUUGUAUUUGUAGAAGAUACGAGUCUGUCAAAGAUAUUUAUCUUAAUAAAACUGGAAGCCAGAUUCAA